UGGAAGGGCCCUGGCCCACGCAGCAGAGGUGUGAGGAGCCCGAGGCCAGGCCGAGAGCCGGGUUUGCACAGAGGCCUGGCUGGUGAGCAGUGCCCAUGGAGACUGAGGCCGCCACACCUGAGCAGGACCUGGGGGUCUGUGCAGCUCUGAGCUUGCCCAACCCUGGUCUGGGGGUGCUUCAAGGAGGAGGUGAGCCUUGCCAGGCGCCCUGGAGCCCGGCACUUCGUGAAUGGAAGCAGGUUGCCCUGGGGCCAGGCUGGCGGGCGGUGCUGGGCAGGGGCGGAGCCUCCUGGCGGAGGCUUGUCAGUAGCGUGACAGUGCUUGGUGCCCUUCGAGAUCCCUGCUCCCUGCGCCCAGCUAAGCCUGACAUGGACCCCAGCAGAGCCGGCACAGAGCUGGGGCGGAGCUGGGGCGCCGUGGUGCCGGCUUGCUGCUGUCAAGUGGGGACGGCACUGACCCUGGGGCGUCCUGAGCAGCCGCACCCCUGCAUCUCCCUGGAGCUUGGUUUCCGAGACCUGCUAGCACUCCGUCCUCCUGGGCCGGAAGAGGCUCCCGGGGGCUGCACGGCUGGGGUGCAGGCUUGGCCUCUUGCCUCUCCCCGGGAAAGAUCCUCAGCGCCUGGAGGUGCUUGGCGCAGCCCCGUGCUGCGUGCCUCCCUGCUGUCCAUCAGUCUCUUUGUGCUGCUGGAAAAAUCAGAAGGCGAGAGGCGGGAGGAGGGCAGAUCCUCAUCAGUAGCACUGUUGGUAUCGACCUGCAUCUCAUUGCCCGUGUCAGCACCCACUUCCUGCUCAGUCUGCCAGCGGCCGGGAGCAUCAGGGAAGAGAAGCGCACCGAGAGACAGACGUCGGGCCGCCUGCCGAGCAGGGCCAGGAAGGGAGGCAACACCGUGCCACUGCCCCCCAAGCCCUCGACCUGCACUGCCCUGCCCUCUGGGGCUGAGGGGACCCACAAAACCACAGCAGGAGAAGAAGGAUGAAUGGAAUAGGGCUUCGCUGUCGGAGUGAGCGUCCGGGUCGGCGAUGGAGCCUGAAGCAGCUGAGAAGGCAGCAGACGCUGGGGUCAGAAGUGGCGUCUACCCUGGGGGUCAGGGUCUUCGUGGUUAGAUGGACUCUUUCGUGGACAGUGUGUGGUUGGAUCUUGCUUCUUCAGGAAGCCCUGCCUGAGGACCUCUGCCUCUCGA